CCUGACAUCAGUCCAGACACUUCCCAGUUUCAGACAAAGAUAAAAUCUCCACAAAAAACCAAUUAACCAAACAGAAAAUAAAAAGAAUCAUCUUUUUUCUUCUCUCUGAGUUUCUCUUUGCAUGGCAGCUCACAUUGUUACUUCCAUGAAACCCAAGAACAACAACAACAACAACAGUGGCAGCAAUGGCUACAGCAGCGAGAGUAGUAGCGGAACCAACAGCAACUCUCCAAGCCCACCUUUGUCGCCGCCGCAACCACGUCUUACUCCGACUCUCUCUCAGUGCCGCCGCCGGCUUCGUUCGAAGAGCCAUUCCUUCGUCCGCCGUGAAAACCUUGGUUCUGGCCUGAACUUACGGCGGAAUCUCCGGUACUUGUUAGUUCUUCCACUUUUGUACGUUUCCGGCUUGUUCAUGUGUGUCGGUCCAUUUUCUGGGCUUUUGGGUUACGCUUCUGUUCCUGGAUCAGUUUAUCGUAGCCAUGAUAAUUUUCAAAGGCUUUGGGAUGAUAUUCGCUUUGAUAAUUCUUCUGCUCUUCAGUUGUCCUCUGUGUGGAAAUAUAAAAGAAGGCUGAAAGUACAGAAACCUUGUCCAAAUUCAACAGCUAGAAGUCAUUUCUCCAUGUACAGACCUAGCAUAAUGGAGUCCACUGGUUCUAGUGGUUACCUGAUCGUUGAUGCUAAUGGUGGCCUUAACCAACAACGUUCUGCGAUAUGCAAUGCAGUGGCUGUUGCUGGACUCUUAAAUGCAAUACUAGUUAUUCCUCAGUUUGAACUCAACAGCGUUUGGAGAGAUCCCAGUCAGUUUGGGGAUAUAUAUGAUGUGGAUCACUUCGUAGACAACCUUAAAGGUUAUGUAAACAUGGUUAAGGAGUUACCUGAAGCAUUGAUGGAAAGAUAUGAUCACAACAUUUCCAAUAUUCCAAAUCUCCAUGUCCAAGCUUGGGCUCCUGUAAAAUAUUACUUGGGAGUUGUUCAUCCCAUUUUGAGGGAUCAAGGGGUUAUCCGCAUUGCACCCUUUGCUAAUAGAUUGGCAAUGAAUGUCCCACCUCAUAUUCAGUUGCUAAGAUGCAUGGCCAAUUAUAAAGCGUUGAAGUUCUCUCUACCUAUAUUAACACUUGCUGAUAAACUAGUCAAUAGGAUGAUUGAGAGGAGCUCGAGGACUGGUGGAAAAUAUGUUUCUGUCCACCUGAGGUUUGAGCAGGAUAUGGUGGCCUUCUCAUGCUGUGUGUAUGAUGGAGGAGAGACUGAGAAAUUCGAAAUGGAUUCUUUUAGAGAAAAAGGGUGGAAGGGGAAGUUUAAACGAAAAGAUCGUGUCAUCGUACCUGCUCUGAAUCGAGUCGAAGGAAAAUGUCCUCUAACCCCUGUGGAGGUUGGACUGAUGCUACGUGGUAUGGGAUUUGACAAUAACACUUCAAUUUACUUAGCCUCUGGGAAAAUUUACCAUGCAGAAACACAUCUAGCUCCUUUGUUAAAGAUGUUUCCCCUUCUUUACACCAAGGAGUCUCUUGCUACACCUGAUGAGCUUGCUCCUUUCGAGGGAUAUUCUUCAAGGCUGGCAGCUUUAGACUACACAGUAAGCUUGUUUAGUGAGGUGUUUGUUACAACCCAGGGUGGAAAUUUUCCGCAUUUUUUGAUGGGCCACCGAAGAUUCCUUUUUGGUGGACAUGCAAAGACUAUUAAGCCUGAUAAACGCAAGCUUGUGGUUCUGCUGCAGGACAUGGGCAUCAGUUGGAAAGCUUUUAAGGAUGAGAUGGAAGUAAUGCUCUUAGAAAGUGACCGCAAGGGGAUGAUGGUACCCAGAGUUAAAAAAUUCAACAGAAAAACUUCCAUAUACACUUAUCCCUUGCCAGAAUGUGCAUGUCUCCAGCAUUCAAAUAAUUCAACACUGAAAUUAACUGAUGGUGCUAAUGAUCUUGAUUCUCACCAUGAGCCUACAAGAUAAUAAGUAAAAUUGAUACUUCAUUGGAGUCCUUUACAGUGCAAUCCUCAAUCAUAUACUUCCAAGUGCAUUGUUGCUGCAUUUACCAUCUGUCCGUGGUUGUACUACACCAUUGUUGUGCUAUCUGAUCUGCAAAGACAGAGAGGAAUUGCAGUUAAUUAGGGGGGCAACAUGCAGGUUUUCCAAUUUUGAUCAUGUCAAAUGUUCCUAGUCUGACAAUGGUACUUUAGUUUUGGUUUUGCCUAAAGAUGCAAAUUUUGUUUUGCUUGCAGUGCGGAUGUAAGUAACAAGAUGGAGGUUGAUUUACAAACCCUGAUCAAAUGUGCCAGGGGUUGACACUAUUCUUUUGUUUUUUCAUAGUUUCACCUAUAGCAGGAGCAGGACAGCUUUCAUGCUUGUUCUUUUCGGAUAAAUUUCUGUAAAUUUCUAAUAGUACUGUAUCUCAUGACAUUUUUUGAUAUGGCAACCAGACUAGCUGGUAUUUU